CACUGGCAGUCUCAGUUUGACCGGUGCAGUGUAGAUUAGUCACAGAGAUUAACAAAAAUACGUUUAACAGAACCAUAUUAGAGUAUCACAGAGUAAUACUUUGAGUCGGCAAAGUUGCAAAGUCAAGAUGUGCGGAGAAAUGGGAAAGGCUGUGUUGCGGGCUCUGACCGGAGCUCUGCUCUUCAGUUUGGUGUCUGAUGCUGCUUAUUUACAGAGAUAUGAACCCUAUCCAUUUCAAGUCGCUCAAGAGGUAUACCGCAAACCUCUGAGGGAACACGAAAAGCCUCAAGACCUCAGGAAUGUGCCAGGCGUGCCAGGAGUCGACUACCCCAUCUACCACGCAGUGCCAGACACCAGCUUCUCCUGUGCUCACGUGCCAGUCCACCCUGGAAUGUAUGCCAAUGUUGAAACUGGAUGCCAGGCUUACCACGUGUGCCACGACGGUCGCGAAGGUCACCAGGGAGCGUCGUUCCUGUGCACCAAUGGCACACUCUUCGACCAGGCCAAGUUCGCGUGCGACUGGUGGUACAACGUCGACUGUUCGCAGGCUAUUGAACACUACAAGUUAAACGCAGACCCCCUCAAGAACCCAUACGUGCCGAAGCCCAAGCCUGAAGAGCUACAGGAAGAACCUCACGGCGUCUACUAUAGAAAGAUACACGACUAGGUCCGUAGGUCAUAUCGCCAUCAUGCCAAAUAAGUAAUCGAUUAAAUGAAGAGAUGAAACUUCUGUAAAAUUAAGGCUUUAUAUGUGCCUGCAGUGCACAUUAUGAAGCUAUUAGGGUUGAUACACACGGGUGCAUAAAAGAAUGGUGCGGUCAAAUAGCACUAAAUGGCAAUGUAUUGCGUGCAAAGCGUACGCUCAAACUCAAAACAUUUAUCUAUUCAAAAUGACUACCAUUGUACUCUUUUUAACCGACUUCCGAAAAAGGAGGAGGUUUUCAAUUCGUCGGAAUCUUUUUUUUGACUAUCAAUUGU